AUGACCGUAGAGAAUAAGCCUCUAGAGGUGCUCGUGAUCGGAGCUGGCGUCGCUGGUCUUUCAGCCGCCAUCGCUCUGGGGAAACAGGGCCAUCGCGUUACAAUCUUGGAGAAAUCGUCGUUUCUCAAAGAAACUGGAGCAGCUAUCCAUCUACCACCGAAUUGUACGGCAUUAUUGCGUUGGAUGGGCGUCGAUCCGACCGAAUUCGGAGGCACCCUUCUUCACGAGAUUCAUCGGUACGGAUCCGCUGGUGACUUGAAAUACAAGAAGGAAUUUGCGGGAAUUCGCCAUAUCUGGCAGGACGAGUGGUAUCUUGUUCAUCGUGUUGAUCUGCACAAUCAUCUCAAGCAACAGGCUCUCAAAGGCGCAAUUUUACACACGAAAUGCACAAUCACGAGCAUUAAUAUCGAUGCGACUCGUCCCUCGAUCACCCUAGACGACGGACGGAGAUUCGAGGCAGACCUCCUCCUUGGUGCGGAUGGGCUACAUUCCCAGGUCCGCGGUGCCAUUGCCCCAAGGGCACCUGCACCAUAUCAAGUGGGAAAGUCGUGCUUCCGAUGGCUACUUCCCACCAAAGAUCUGCAAAAACACGAUUGUACACGGGAAUUUGUGCAGAAGGAAGGGAUCUUCAUCGAGUGGGCGAGUGACACUUGUCGCCUUGUCGCAUACCCGUGUUCUAAUAGCAAAGUGUAUAAUCUUUGUGCCUUUGUUCCCUCUAGGGAGGUCGAGUUUGACACCCAAGCCGAUGGCUGGCAAACGGUGGGCGACAAGGAUACAAUCAUUCGCAUGUUUUCGAAUUUUACCUUAGGAGUUAGAAAGAUGGUCGAAGAGGCUGAUGAUAAGUUAAAGGUGUGGGAUAUGUUCGACAUGGAGGCUUUGCCUACAUGGACAAAAGGCACAGCGGCGCUUAUUGGAGAUGCUGCACAUCCAUUCCAACCAUACAUGGGCCAAGGUGGAGCUAUGGCUAUUGAAGAUGCCGUUGGCGUUGCGACAUUACUUCCUCUUGGUACUAGAGCAGAGGAUAUUCCUGCAAGGCUGAAAUUGUAUGAAACCAACCGCCGUCCCCGCGUCGAGUUGGUCCUUGAAUACACCCGGCUGAACGGCCGUGAUGAGAAUGACACUGCUGGUGCUAGGAUUACACGUGAGUCGUCAUCAAUCCUGACUGAAAAAUUGCUGACGAUGGUAGCGGGCGAUAUGGUGAAGAUUAUGGGGAUGAUAUUUUUAUACAAUGAGAUUGAGCAGUGUAAAAACCUUCUGGCGGGUCAGUAG